AUGGAAAAAGGACAGCGUCAGCGAACAGCGAACGCAGACAGCCAACUAGACCAGCAGCUGUCCACUGAGCCGUCUGACCUAGUCGACCUAUUGCUGCAGAUCCUGAGUACGAUACAGAUUACAGGGCCAAACGCAAUCAAUGCCAGACGCACCUUUCAGCAGCUUGAAACCAUCAUUAUUGCUCUAGGCAGAUGCGUUAAUGGGUCGCCCGUGGCUGAUCUACGUCUGGGGGUAGCGAGGCUCAACAUUCUGCGAGCAUUACAUGUCAAUCUCGAAGUGCUGGGUUACCGGCCAUGUGAUAUUUACGACAAUGCACAAUCGGUAUUCACUAUCCAGGGUCCUUCCCAUCCCUCAAGCAGGCGUAUGAGCGAGGCAGAGCUGCCACCGGCCCUAAAACCAACCACUAUUCAGCGCACGGUUCCUCACCAUCCAUGGCUGGACCUCAUCCCUUUCCCGUACAUGCGGGAUACUCUGAUCCUGACACAAGGCUUCGUUGACGAAGAGCAACUCUGCCACGAUCUGUCUGGAUGGGGAGCAUCUAGUGUGCCGCGCUCUAGUCGAGAAGCAAGGACCGGUGAGACAGGCAUACUCGUCUGGAAGGAUCCCUGGGAUCCGUCCGGUUGGGAAGUCACCGAGACAUUUCUCCGGUUAUGGGGGUGGACUGUCCGGGACUGCUGGGACCUGUUCCAUUCGACAAACACGUGGCGCAGUCGUCGCGGGGAGAGACCGCUAUUUGCAAUUCCUGAGAGCGACAACCGAUGA